UAAAGUAUUUAUGUGUAGAUAGGUACCUGAAGCUGGCAUGAGUUUAUAGUGAUCUUUGUCUUCCUCUUUUUAUCCUGCUGUUGCCAGUUACUGAGAUUACUGAGUGUGUGAGAGAGUGAACCCAAUAAUAGCCUCAGUGAUCAGACUGCCCCUGCUACUCUCUGAGCUCAGCUAACUGGAUGGAGACACUUGGCGACAGUUAGCUUAUCAAAACACCUCGACGUGAACAAAGCAGCGAUGAGUCGACCAGGUAAAAGCAACUCACGUUGUUCAUAAGGUUAGCAGCCGGUUAGCUCGUUAGCAGACAGUGAGGGAGGAGUUCAGCACUGCGGACAGCUCCGACAUGAUCAACAACACAACAGAAACACGUUAACAACACUAAUGGACUCGAAGUCCAGUGAGCGCAUAUGGAAGACAAAGGUACAAGUCUUCAAAUUUUCAAUGGGAUGUCUUCAUCGCUGAAUUUACCCACAAGGAUUACAGGGAAUGGAUGUUCACAUACAAAUCUUAGAGAGGAUGACUUGGACAGUCUGCGUUUUGAGCUUACAAAGACAGAGGAUGAAAUUCAGACAUUAAGGCAGGUCCUUAUGGCAAAAGAAAAAUAUGCAGCAGACAUCAGGAGGCAGCUGGGGAUGAGUCCUCUCAGUAAUGUGAAACAGAACCUGUCCAAGGGUUGGCAGGAAGUCCAGACCUCAGCUCCAUAUCUCACAGCCUCUGCCACUCUGGAGGACAUCAGCAACUCCAGCGUAUAUGUGAGGACACGAGAUGGUCUGUCUCAAGCAGGCCAGGUGACAUCUGCUGCUCUGUCCAACGUGGGCGUGGCCAUCACCAGAAGACUGGCACAGAUGAGAGCCCUGCCUCUCCCGAGCUCAUCACGCAGCUUGAGCCACACUAUAAGUGUGCCAUCUAUGAGGCAUUCCUCCACAUUCAAGUCUAUUGAAGAAAUCGUUGGCAGUGUGAAGGAUAAAGUGACAGGAGGUGUAUCAAACAAUGAAGAGACCUCUGGAUUUGAAAGAAGUUUCUCACGCAACCAAACCUGAGAUGAACCGGUCUUCUGCAACUAACUGGGAUGACAGAUUUUCACUCCUCAAAAAGUUUGAAGAAUGUUGCUUCUCUCCCUCAUUAAUAUGACGUUUUGUGCUGCUUUCUGCAGUUUUUUUGUUGAUACCGAUUAAGAAAUAGAAAAGAAUUUUAAUUAUUUAGGUAAAAUUAUUUGGAUAUAAAUUAUAAGAUUAUCUGAAGUAUUUAAUACUUUGAAUAUUUCAUAUUAUGAUGAAAGUUGUUAAUUUUAACAUGCUCAUUGUCUUCGACAUGCUUGUAUCACCGUCUUCUGAAAUCAGAUAUAUUACAAAGGUAUUUUUGUAAUGUCAGAUUUUUCAAGUAAAAGCAUUAGAAUACAGUCAGUCCAAUGUCUUUGUAGGUAAGUGCGUAGCAUUACGGAAGUAGGAAAAAAAAAGGAAGAAAUGUAAUUAAAGUAACCAGCUGCUUCAGAAAUACAGCUCACUGGACACAAUUAGCUCCAGUUUCCUCUAUUUUACAUAAAACUCCACAGGAAUGAGGUGGAUCAAUUUCUUUUUAUAACUUGUAAAUAUAUAGUUUCAUAGGUUAUUAUUUUUGUUAUUAUUAUGAUUAUAAAUAUAAUUAUUUUUAAUAAUGGAAGGGAAAAAGCUAAUGUCAUAGGUGACCUAUUUCAUAUGUUGUUUUGAUAACAGUGUAGUUCUGUUUCCUUUAACUUUUAACUUUAAAAGAAUUAGACAAAUAAAUCCAUUCACGG